AUGCACGGAAAGAUAAUAUUCUACGAGGACAGGAACUUCCAGGGUCGCUCCUAUGAGACCAGCACUGACUGUGCUGACAUGGCCUCCCACCUGAGCAGGUGCCACUCCUGCAAGGUGGAGAGUGGCUGCUUCAUGGUCUACGAUCGUCCCAACUAUGCGGGAAACCAAUACCUAAUUAAAAAGGGCGAGUACUCAGACUAUCAGCGAAUGAUGGGUUUUGGCGACUGCAUCAGGUCCUGUCGUAUGGUCCCUAUGCACAAAGGGUCCUUUAAAAUAAGGAUCUAUGAGAAUGAGAAUUUUGGAGGGCAGAUGACUGAGCUGCUGGAUGACUGCGAUAACAUCAAGGAACGUCACCAAAUGUCUGACUGCCAGUCCUGUAACGUGGUGGACGGUCACUGGCUGAUAUAUGAGGAGCCCCAGUUCAAAGGCAGAAUGAUGUACCUGAGGCCUGGAGAGUACAGGAACUUCAAGGACUUGGGCUACGAUAACUUGAGAUUCAAUUCAAUAAGACGCAUUACUGACUCCUGCUAA